AUGGACUACGACCCGAUGGUGAUGGACGACGCCGAGGCGCUGGGCCCGGUUGUCAAGAUUUCUCAAGCAGACCCGAUCCGUGUCAAGUUCGAGCUCUCGAAUGCGGAUAUCGCCUUCGCAAACUCCCUCCGCCGCGUUAUGCUCGGCGAGAUCCCCACCAUUGCGAUCGACCUUGUGGAAAUCGAAGAAAACAGCUCCGUACUAGCCGACGAGUUUAUCGCCCACCGCCUCGGACUUAUCCCGCUAAAUGCUGAUGGUGUUGAGGGGUUGCUGUUCGCGAGGGAUUGCGACUGCGACGGUUGCUGCGAACACUGCAGUGUCAGGCUCACCCUUCACGCCAAAUGCACCGGAGACGAAAACAUGCAUGUAUUCGCUCGGGACUUGGUACCGACGGGUGAGCGAAUCAAUCAGGUCCUUGGUACCCCUGUGGUCUCAGAUUCCGAAGGACUCGGCGCUCUCAUUUUAAAGCUCCGGCCGGGUCAAGAAAUCAAGCUCGAGUGCAUCGCAAAAAAAGGCAUUGCGAAGGAGCACGCGAAGUGGGCGCCAUCGGCGGCCAUCGGGUUUGAGUACGACCCUCACAACAAGCUUCGCCACACGGAUUUCUGGUACGAGACGGAUGCUAAGACAGAAUGGCCCCCAAGCGAGUACGCCGCGUGGGAGGAGCCCCCUCAGGAGGGUGAGCCGUUCGACUACGAUGCCGUCCCGAACCGAUUUUACUUCAACGUCGAGAGCGCCGGGAAUCUCCCGCCCGAUACGAUCGUCAGCGAGGGCAUCAAGGUCAUUCAACAGAAGCUUGCCGGGCUCAUCCAUGAGCUUGCCGAUGAGGGCGGAGAUGGAAUGAACGGCGACUAUAACGGUCCCCGGAGCCCAGAGUACGGCACCGGGGCUGACGGCUUUGGUGGGGGGUAUACGACACCCUUUGGGAACGGUGGCUCUUGGGGCGGGGCCGGCGGGGCUGGCGGGACAACGCCGUAUGGGGCGACACCUUACGGUGGAGGCCAAAACAGCUGGUCGUGA